AUUUGAACACUUUCAGAGAGGGAAGGUGUGAAAGCUCCUUGAGUCGUCAGGCUGCAGCCUUGCAGGGAGCUUCUGCAACCUUCGUGGGUGCUUGGCGCCCCAUGUCCCCUGCGGCGGUGCUGUUGCCAGUGGUUGCCCGUGCUCAUCAGAUUAGCAGAUAUGCGCAAGCCUCGUAUUGGGAUGUGAGACUGGAAGACGACGAGGCCACAGGAGUCGUCUGCCGUAGUCUCUAGUAUCCAACUCCGAAAGAAGAUGGUGGUGUAAUUAGAAAAGCCAAAAAGUUUUGAACGUGGCCUCAGAAAGUGGGGUUCAUAGGCAGGUGGCAGGCAUUGCUUGAUAGGAGCCAUGGCGCAUUGUGCCCCAUCAGCCCCUCUAACAUCGGCCAUCGAGGGCUUGGUCACCCCAGGGCACCAAAAUGCAACUAGGCACAUAAGGGCAUCAAUUGCACCAGGGAUAACGACAGCUUCUCUGAUGCACAGGGAACAGUGCUCUGGAGCUCUAGGAAGGUCCAGCCACUUUCUGGGAAACGCAUGCUUGUUUGGGGCCCUGCAUGAAUCCAACAAACGAGGGCAUCGCACCAGGUUUGUGUGUCUGUUUGGCCGCGGCAGACACGCUCCACCCAGUCCUCCUCAGCAGGACUUCAACUUCGCUGUGGUCGAGAGUAGAAAUGGAAGAGAGAAUGUGCCCCUCGUCAGCCAGCCGGUGCCAUCACCAUUUGCGUCCCGUGCUCAGCAACCCCCCGCGGCGGCAUUUUUGGCAGCCAUAGUCUUCGCCGGUAUGGCCGUCCUAGCUGUGAAAGUGGUCAAUCACCUGAGAGGGGGGCCAGCUCCUGCCAUCGAAGAGAAGCAGCCAGCUUUCGUAGGCUACAAAGAGGACGCCGAGGCGCUGACCAUCGCAAGGGCGCGGUUAGCGCAGGCUUUUGGGGACGACCCAAACGAGUAUAAUGGGGAGAUCGUGGGGAUGCAGAUUGCUUCGAUGAUGGGCUCAGCAGUGGACUAUCUGUAUGCGCUCGCAAAUGAGGUGGCGGAAGUGAAAGCAAUGCUGGACGACAAAGAAGAGAGGCUGGCAUUAGCGUACGAGAGAAGCAAGCAGGAUGCGGACGAGAGGAAGGAGCUCAUCCGCAGAAUCUCAAUGGCCGAGGCCGAGCUGGUGGAGGAACAGCUCAAGCAAGCUGCCGACAAGGCUGCCUUUGAGGUGCGCGACAGGACGCUCGAUGGCGAGAAAGCUGCAGAAGUUGAGAGGCUGAUAGCAAAGCACCAAGCAGAGCUAGACGGGCUGCGUCUACAGUUCGACACCAUGGAGAGGAACGCGGCAGAGGCGGCCGCUAAAACCAUGAAGCUGAACGAAGAGGUACAGGCGCUCAAACGGGGCCUCAAGGAGAAAGAGGGGCAACUGGCGGCCGCAGCAAAGAAAGCCGAUGAGGACAAAGCACUGAAUGCGUCCCUCUCUGCCCGCCUCGAGUCCGCCAAUUCCGAACUCCAGUCCGCCCUUUCACGCGAGACGGAACUCCUGGCGUCCCUGCAAGAUACCACAUCUGGGGUACAAGGGGCGGAGGAGCAACUAGAUCAGAUGCAGCAUCGGCACGAGGCGGAAAUACGCGCUGUGCGUGGGAUCGCGCAAGCGCAGGCCAAGGGGCUGGAGGAGCGGCUGAAGGGCGCGCAAGACCGGGUUGAGGAAGUGCAGGCGUUGAAAGAGGCGGAGAUUGCGGCGAGGGAAGCAGCGGAGGCGUCCGCAGCGGAACUUCAGAGCCAGGUCGACCAAUUGGAGCAAGACCUCGUCUUCCUCGAGACCAGAUACAAAGACGCGCUCGCAAAGGCCAGUGCGACGGCUACCGUCGCUGAAGAACCCAAGCAGACCGACGCCAUAGAAAAGCUGAAAGAAGCACUCGAGUCCAAGACCCAGCAAGCGGCGGUCGCAAAGGAGUUGGUUCUCCAAUUCAUGGAAAACGAGCGCGAGAAGGACUUCGAGCUGAAGCAACUGCGACGCGAGUCCUCGAUGAUCAAGGAGCGGCUGAGCGAACUAGAGGGGGAGCUCGAAGCGAGCGUCGCCGCGCGCAUCGAGGGUGCGCUGGACGGAAAGGCCGCCAAGCGCGCGGACGGGGACGCGGGCGGGGAGGGCGCGCGCGCACGCUUCGAGGAGCAGCUCGCCGGAUUCCGGGCGGAGUCCGAGCGGGAGGUGGUGGCGCUGCGGGCGGAACUGAAGAGCGCGCGCGAGCAGCUCUCGCGCGCGCGGAAGCAGCACGCGGUGGAGAUGGAGGCGAGCCUGGGGAAACUAGAGCGGGAGUUCCGGGCGACGAUCAACGAGCGGGAGAGCGAGCGGGACGGGUGUUUGCUGAAGCUGGGCACUUUGGAGGAAGGACUGACGCUGGAGAUUGCCGCGAGAGAGGCGGCAACGCGCGAGUUGGGAAGCGCCCAAGAAAAGCUGUUGGAGUGGGAGCGGCGAGCAAACGAGAUGGAGGUUGCCCACGCGGCCGCGCUCGAAACCGAACGGGAAGCAUCCCGGCAGAAGUUGGAAGCGCUGUUCUUGGACUGCGAGAAAGCGCGCGACGAGGCGCGCGAGAAGGAGGGCCAGCGAGUGACGCUCGCGCAGCAAACGGAGCAGCUGCAGGUCGCCCUGGCGGAGGCGGAGAGCAAGCGGGAUUUGCAGGCGGCGAAAGCGAACGAUGUGCAGGCGGCCUUCGCCUUCAACGAAGACAUCGUCGAGGAGGCACGUGCCAAGCAGAGCCGCUACGAGGCCGAGCUGGAAGCCCUGGCCAACCAGCAUGCGACACGUGUCCAAGAGCUGGAAGGUGACGCCGCGGCGGCGUGGGCCGAGCAGGAGCGGCUAGCCACUGAGCACGCGACACGUGUCAAGUCCCUGGAAGACGCCUGGGCCGCCGACAAAGCCGAGUUGGACGCGCUGGCCAAUCAGCAUGCGACACGUGUCAAGUCCCUGGAGGACGCCAGGGCCGCUGAUGCUGCGGCGGCGCAAGCAGAACAGGAGCGGUUGCAGGGAGAGGUGUUGACACUGGAGAACCAGAUUCGGGAACUCAAGGAGGCGGUUGAGGGCGCUGAGAAAGAAAACGAGGAGACUCGUGCUAAGGUGGCGCAGCUCGAGUCCGCCAACGCCGACGCCGCGCAGCGCCUUGCGCGGAUGGACGAUCUUGAUCGGCAGCUCUCCGCCAAGGAAGCGGACGCCGAAGUGCAGCGCGACCUGUGGGCGCGCAUCGCCGAGCUCGGUGACGUCAUCUGGGACAAGGACAACGUCAUCAGCGCGAAGGAUGACGUCAUUGCGGGGCUCGAGGCCGAGCGGGCAAAGACCGCCGCGGAAGCGCUGGAGAGGCUCGAGGAGACGGACGCACUGAAGGAGAAGAUUCGGGCGCUUUUGGAGGAGCAAGAUAUGGCGUUGGAGGAGGCUCGGGCGGAGGGGGCGGCGGGCGACGAGGAGCUGACACGUGUCAGGCAGCGGUUGCGCGAGGUGGAGCGGGCGCUCCAGGGCAGCCAGGACGAGCUUCGGGGAGCCCAACUGGAGGAAAGGAGGCUUGAGCUCGAGUUGACAUCCGCCAAAAUAGCCUCGCACGAGCAGCGGCAAGCCUUUCAGCAGAAGGUGGACGGCUUGGAGCGCGCUCUUCAGGCGAGCGGAUCCGAACUGCAGCGGUCGGCGGAAACGGAACGAGGCUUGAGUGACGGGAUCGAGGAGGAAAGGAGGUCGAAGGAAGGGGCGCUCGGCGAGUUACAGGACCGAGAAGCGGCCAUCACAUUCCUUCAGCGCUACUUCGAGGAGCGUUCCAGUCUGGACGUGCAACUGUCUGAGCUGGGCAGUUUGGCGGCAAAGAUCGAGGCCGCGAAACGGGAUCCUGAUGAGAAUGGGCCCCAAGGUGUGAACGAGUCCGAAAGUCUACCCAGCCUCGAGGCGGAGUUUUCGAGGAUGCUGCGGAAGUUUGAGAAUGCAGUUGCCGAGACUGCCGAAACUUUUGGGUUUCUAAACGGAAACGGUCUGGAGAAUGACCGGGGUUCAAGUGCGAGGUUAGGCAGGGUUAGCGGGGCGAGAAACGGGGUUCCGGCGCCGCGAGCGCUGGGUUUGGUCGGGGUGGAGGAGGUUGCGGGGUCCGCGCUGUCGGACCUGAACGAGAGAUUAUUCACAGCGGAGAAAAAGGCGGAUGACUUGCAGGUGGAAAUCCGCCAGCGGGUGGUGAGGCAGAUGGAGUGGCAGGAUGAUAAGAACGGGUCCGAGAAAGCGGGCGUCGAAAGCGUGGAUAAGAAUGGGACGGGGGCUGGACCGCAGAAGUCGGAGAUCCAGGACCGGGUCUCACAAAUGAUACAGACCUUGGCCGAGAAGGAGCCGAGCAGCAAGGAGCAGUGAAGAGUUUGUGUGCAUAGAAAUGGACACGUCUUGCUUGAGCCGCCCAGCGUUGUUUAGUAUUCGCAUAGCAAAGACGCGCAGAGUUGCGUAACAUACUGCAAGGAUUUAACCAUGAGUUCACCAUUUGGCCAAAGCAAGGACCAUGUGUAAUAUCCACUAGGUAGGUCGAUUGAUUGAGUGGAGGUGACAGGAAAUAACUUCAAUAUUGAUUUUAGAUUGUAGCAGCAAAAGCUUCUACUUACAUGCAUUGGACGCCCUCUUGAUUGGUGUAGAUCCAACUUCAUCCAU